AACCACUCGGCCACGGGGCCAGCCCCAGGGUGUGGUUUUCUUUGUACUGAUCAUAUUGGGGUUCACUGAACAUCUUGAAUCUGUAAAUGUCUUUGACCAUUAUUUCUUCAGCUAUUUUUUCUGCUCCAUUUUCUCACUUCUUAUCAAACUCCAGUUCCACGUAUGUUAAACCUUUUGAUAUGUUCUUCAGGUCCUAGAGUUCUGUUCUUUUUCUUUUUUUACCCAAUCUUUUUUUCUAAGUCCCUCAGAUUGGAUAAUUUUUAUUGACUUAUCUUCACGUCCCCUUACUCUUGUGUCAUCUCCAUCCUACUGAUCCUCUGAUUCUUUGGAGAUUUUAUUUCAGAUAUUAUAUUUUUCCUUAUAGAAUUUUCAUUUGGCUCUUUUUAAUAGUUUAUAUUUUUAUGCUGACAUUCCCUGUCUUUUCAUUAAUUAUGAACAAACUUUUCUUUAUGUCCAUGAAUAUGAUAGCUCUCUAAAGUGCUUGCCUGCUGAAUCCAACUUAUGAGUCAUUUUUGGAGUAGACCUACUUGAGAUUUUUUUUCCCCUUGAGAAUUGAUCACAUUUCCAUGUUUAUUUGUAUGUUGAGUAAUUUUAGAUUAUGUCCCCGACAUUGUGAUUGAUUUAUUGCAGAAACUCUGGAUUCAGUUACAUUCCUCUGAAGAGUGGUUGGUUGGUUGCUUGGUUGGUUUGUUGUUUUAGCAGGCAGUUCUCUUGGCUGGUCUCAAAUUGCAAACUGUCUUUGCAUGCUGUGGGCAGCAGCUCAGAUCUCCAUUUAGUUCUCUUAGCCUCAGCUAGGCUGCUUAGAGCCUGCCCUAAACGUGCAAGGUUCCAGGGUCAGCUGGAGAUUGGGCAGAAUUUAUACUCAGAAUCUGAAGCACUCCCACCCUGGCUUUCUUCUUCCUGGGAUGUCCCCCCUCGGUUUCCACCAGCUGUGGUGACCCAAACUCAGUUGUCUGGUUCUUCAAACUAGUAUGACUGGAGCCUGCUUUCUGGCUAAUGGCCAUUAAAAAGUGAAGACUCGCGCAGGGCUAUUCCCUUCCUCCUUGUGUCAGCUCCCUGCAGAACCGGACUGCUCUCACUUGCCCUCCUGUGCUGUCACUCUCCCUUGCUAUCUGCAAGAGGCUUGGUCAAAUAGGAGCUUCUCGAACUCGCCAGGAAUAGAAAGAUAGCCGUUUUAAAGUAAGAUUUUAAUAUAAAUCACUUUUUUUAAUGCAAUUGUGAGGUGGAUAACACCACAACCAAACAAAAGUGCAUUAUUUCCUACAGUUUGAGAUACAUAAUAAGAGAGAAAUAUGGUUUUGAUGAAUUUGUGAAGCCAGAUGUCCAGUCUGCUGUGUCUAUUUAUAAGAGAAAAAGACCAGAGGCGUAUAUUGGAACACUGUUGUUGUGGCAUUUAGCCACUAGGUCAGCCGCUUACAAAUAUGCCAUCCCCAGCUUCAUCUUAAGUCUCCAGACUUGUUUUCUGCAAAGAUACCAGGGGCCGUUUUUUGUUAAAAGGUCAAUUCCAUUCCUUUGUGGUGAGGCAAUGUUGGAUAAUUAUAAGAGAUUAGCUUUCAAACUGGUAUUCCCAUGAACUUGCCAAAACAAGCCAUUUCCCUCUUGGCUUUUUUUCCUUCUGAUUUCUUCCUGCUCUUUCUCUGGGUAUUUUCCAAAUUAGCUUAAGUCGCUGUGAACCCAGACUCAUUUUAUGUCCAAAGCAAACUUCGUGAUGCCAUCAUAAAAUUAGUAUGUUUAGGGAACCAGAGUCCAAUCUUUAAAAAAAAAAAAAGUUAUUUAAGUGAAGAGUAUUUCUUAUAUUUAAAAGAAAAAAUGUUUUAUAGUUUCAAAGAAAAGAAUAGUACUAUAGUCACUUUCAGAAAAAAUGCUACAGAAAUGAAAUAGAGAAAAUGAAUCAUUUCUUUCCUAGUAGUAUGUAAGGCCAGUGAAAGUACAGAACUAACAUUUACUUGAAAAUUUUGCUUUGUUUCACAUACUUUAUUUCUCCAUCCUAACAAUGGCUGGGACAGGCGAUGUUUUCAUUUAUGAAUGAGGAAGCAAGCUGAAAUGGCAAGGCUGCCUGUGCUUACAUAGGCCGCAGAGAUGCAGCUCGUAGCUGUGCCCUUUCUUUUGGGACGGCUUGAACAGCUCGAUUUUCAACCACUCAGGGCUGAGUGGCCUUCCCCACUCUAAAACUUGUCUGUGUUGGAGAUUUGGUUUUACAUCUUAGCUCGGGACUAGAAUUGAGGAACCUGUCAGAAUGCUUUCGUGCUCUCCGUGAGAACACGUUAGAAGUGAAACCACAUUUUGUUACUCCAGGACGGAAAUGUAAGAAGACCUCUCCAUGCUAGCUCCUGGAGCUUGUGAGAGCAAGUUGCACAGGGAGUGCUGUGGGCUGAGAGGAAACGGUCGGAGGAGCCUUACAAGUUUUUAUGUCCUUUUCCUCUAAAUUGAUUACUUUGAUGACUUUUUCUGUUAGAGUGAGGGAAGUGAAAAAUAAAACUAACAUUAAAUAAAGUACUCCUUUCCCCUCUCCACGGUUCUCUUCCAAAUGGGAUUCCUGGAUAAACAAAAACGAUUAUCACGUUAUAAUGUUCGUUAAAUAAAAAUCUGAGCUUUCAUUGUUUCAUCUGUUUGCAAGUUUAAGACUUAGAAACCACCAUCCCGGGAAGAAACAUGAGGGCUCAUUGCCAGUUCACAUUAGGCAGCUAAAAGCUUUCAAAUGGAAUGUAUUGCUACUAAAAAUAUUUGUAGUUUGGGAAAAUAUUUUUAAAUUUGACCUCCUUGACACUCUGCACAUUGUAGUUUAUUGCUCUGGGUUCUUCAGCAGCUGUAAAGAGAAAGUUCAGAAAUGUCUCCAUGUGCACUCUUAGUCCAUCUAUGGAAUAGUCUUCCCAUUGUAAAAACAGAUAUUUUAUGAGUUAUUUAUAUUCUUGACUACUUUGAGCAACAAAUUCUGGUUUCUCAGAAGAAUCUAACAUGUUAUUUUUGGUGUGAGAAUGAAGUAGUGUGAUUUAAAGGAGCUUGCUUCCUGGUUAUCUCUGUGUUCUUGGAGGAACAAGACUGGCAUGGUCAGUUAAAGAAAUACUGCAGUGCCUGCCAUAGGCAGAUGCUGUACAGCUGACAGGAGAAAUUGGGUCCAAGUCUGACAACCGUGGGAAGUUUGCAGUCCAAGUCCCAUUAAGCAGUGAAGUAACAUAGGUGGAGUAGAUGAUGAAGGGCUGAAAGAAGGAUUCAGACAGUAACUUGAGUAGGUCCGAGAGCAGGGGCAGUGAGUACGGGCAGGAGGGUCAGGGCAGCUGGAGCCUGAGAGGGUCUCCUCAUGGCAAAGGACCUCAAGUGACCUCUGUGGAGGUUUCUGUGGGGAACAGUGAUGGUAAGAUCAGGGUGGCCCAGGUCACAAAACAACCCAAGUGAAAUAAAUUGCCUUAAUGGGACCUACUUAAAGUGGAGUUCCCGUUGCCUUAAAGAAUUUGUCACUCUUUGCCUUCUCGUAGCUUACCUGUAUUUCAAUUAUUUGAAGAAGUGGAAGAAAAGCGCAAAUAUUUUUUACUUGAUUUUUUUUUUCUUAAUUUUUAGGGACUGUUCAUUUGCUUAACACUAUGAAGUUUUUGGAAAUUCUGGUUCAGGAUUUGUUACUUGUUUUGAGGCUCGGGAGAUUGAGAGCAGGGCACUGAUAAACUCCUAUCCAGGGAUGGCUCCUCCAUCAGGCCAGUGGUCUCAGACUGAACUCCUGCUCCCAGUGGCCAUCUCGGAGGAAGUGGGCUGCAGCCCUUCCCUGCUGAGAGUUUAGGCGGCUUGGUAACAGGCUCUUCUUCGCUGGUCAGUGGACUGUUGUUGGCUUCACUCAUCCAUUUGCCUGUCAUUAGUGAUACAUAUUGUGAUCUAGGAUCUGUGCUCAUUCCUGGCAUGUGAGAAUGGGCUGUCAGGUAGCAGCUCCCAGCCUAGUGGGAACAAAGGUCAAUCAAACAGACAUUCACAGUGUAUUUAAACUAGAGUUACAACUCUUGGACGGGGCCCAGAUUCCCAACAGUACUAGCCCAGCAUGCACCUUGCCAGUCUUGAAGGUGCCACUAAAUUCUUAAGUAUCAUUGAGAUUUCAUGUUGUUUUCUCAGCCAUGGUCAUCUGGCUGGAGCAGGAAGAAAAUCGAAAUCAUAUUUUGAGGAGGAGGUGGAAUCUUUUGACAAAAAGCUUUUUUCCUAAAAUGCUAAUGUGCUCAUUGAAGAAAACAUUCCCUUUCUUUUAAAAAAGAAAAAAAAAGAAAAGCCCUUACAUCUGUUGUAAUGGUUUGCCGACUCAGGGCAAUUAUAAAAUGAGUUUAUCUGUCUUUUCCUGAGUGAAAGGUGACUGCAUGAGUUAGGCUGUGUGAGAAACAGCACGCUCUAGCCUCCAGUCAGGCAGGAAUGUCUUUUUGAAACAGUCAAGCAAAUUCCCAGAUUAGAAAGGGUCUGGUGCAUCUGACCUCACUCUUUCAUGAGUAAUUCUGGGUGGUUAUUUACUGCACUCUACCAGGAGGCUAGAAACUGAAUGAGCUUCAGUAUUAGGACUCGAGAGUUGCGAGCAUGUAGGAAAGACCUGUUCGUCACGGGGAGGACGAAGGUUUCAAAGACCGGCCGCCCGCUGAGCCCUGGGGAAUCCCUGUGGCAUGGGAGUUAGCAAAGGCUCGCCUUGGCUGCGUGCUCGAUAGUUGAUGUGAUGGCAAGCGUCCAAGACUAAGAAGCCGCCAGCAGUCGCUGAGGAGCAGCGGCCGCAGCGGCCGCAGGAUUAUGUGGGACGGCAGCUAGCCCCUGAGUAGUCAAGCGGUGCACAAUCCUGGAAGAGGAGAAGGUUCAGCAAGAAGAACGGAUGAGGAUGGAGUCCAGAAGACAGGUCACAGUGUCCUGGGACUCCGGAGGGUCCGACGAAGCACCACCCAAGCCCAGCAGACCUGGUUAUCCUAGUCCAAGGUCCAGCGAAGGAUUUUACCCCAGCCCACAGCACAUGGUGCAAACCAAUCAUUACCAGGUCUCUGGCUACCCUGGUUCACAUGGAGUGACAGCCGUGGCUGGCAGCAUCUACCCAGCUCAGGCAUCUCUUUUGGACCAAACAGAUUCAUGGAAUCAUAGACCACAGGAGAUAUCAAUGUGGCAACCCAACGUGGAGGACUCAGCGGCUCUGGACCUGCGAGGAAUCGGGCAGGUGUUGCCGGCCCACCUGAUGGAAGAGCGGCUCAUCCGACAGCAGCAGGAGAUGGAAGAAGAUCAACGCUGGCUGGAAAAAGAGGAGAGAUUUUUGAAACCUGACGUGCGGCUCUCUCGAGGCAGCAUUGACAGGGAGGAUGGAAGUCUUCAGGGCCCGACUGGAAACCAACACAUUUAUCAGCCUGUGGGUAAACCAGAUCCUGCGGCUCCGCCAAAGAAACCACCGCGCCCCGGAGCCCCCGGUCACCUGGGCAGCCUCGCCAGUCUCAGCAGCCCCGGGGACAGUUACAACGAGGGUGUCAAGCCGUGGAGGCUUCAACCCCAGGAAAUCAGCCCGCCUCCCACCGCCAACCUGGACCGCUCCAAUGACAGGGUGUACGAGAACGUGACGGGCCUGGUGAAAGCUGUCAUCGAGAUGUCCAGUAAGAUCCAGCCCGCCCCACCAGAGGAGUAUGUUCCCAUGGUGAAGGAAGUCGGCUUGGCCCUGAGGACGUUACUGGCCACUGUGGAUGAGACCAUUCCCGUCCUGCCAGCCAGCACUCACCGAGAGAUUGAGAUGGCCCAGAAGCUCUUGAACUCCGACCUGGGCGAGCUCAUCAACAAGAUGAAGCUGGCACAGCAGUACGUCAUGACCAGCCUCCAGCAGGAGUACAAAAAGCAAAUGCUGACUGCCGCGCACGCCCUGGCCGUGGAUGCCAAGAACUUGCUCGAUGUCAUCGACCAGGCGAGACUGAGAAUGCUCGGGCAGACGAGGCCGCACUGAGCCGCCCAGGAGCCCCGCCGCCCGCCCUCUUUGAGGACGUUCUCCAGCGUUCCACCAGCAGCGAGGAGCUAACCUGUCCUCGGUCGCCAGCACUUACAGCGCCAACUUUCUGACUGACAGCUGGUUGAAAAUCUCUCUCAUCUAAGUUUAACCACAUUUUGAUUUGGGUUCAGUUUUUGUUUUGUUUUUUUAAUCCUCAUGUUCAGAAAAGUCCGGGAUCCAAAACGUGGCAUUUUUAUGGGAAUGAAAAUUGUACAUGAGAAGCUUUUAAGAAUCAUACAGAACAGAUUCUGUUCACAUUGGGAUAUGUGUUCGUAGGAUGGGCCCAGGCGGUGGCCUCUUAAUCCCCGAACCAGCUUAGCUGCAUCUCAGAAGCAGCGAGGAUGGCACAGAGAAUUCCAGGAAACCCAAGGGGCUGAGAAUUCUUUUGCCUACCACAGAUUUAUAUCCAGACUGGAAUUUUCGUUGUUGUUAGAACACUCUUCAGUUGCAAUAUGCUAAUCCCAUUUUACAAAGAAAGAAUAUAAAAGCUAUAUUUUGAAAACUUGAGUCAUUUCGAAAAAAUGACGACCCUUUCACCUUCCAUCCUUUGACUUUCAUGUGGAUCUGUGAAGCAUUUGGUUGGAAACUAGCCGUAGAACACACUAAAACUUUUGUCUUUUUUCACCAGAAUAAUGUGCCAGUUUUUUGUAGCAAUGUUAUUUCUCUUGGAAGCGGAAAUGCUUUGUACCAGAGCACCUCUUAAACUGCAUUGAGAAGAAGUUCUGGAACCAUCCCUGUUUUCCAUUUUUAUAUAAUUUAUAAAGAAAGAUUAAAGCCAUGUUGACUAUUUUAGAGCCACUGGAGUUAACUCACCCUUCAUGAUGUCUGUCUUCCCAGGAGAGAAUUAAGCAAAACAGAUUUGGUUUUCUUUUGAUGCCCACUUAUACCAUCCAUUCUGUUAAAUAAUUUUGAAAAAUAUACCCUCCCUUUAGUUUGUUGGGGGAUAUAAAUUAUUCUCAGGAAGAAUAUAAUGAACUGUACAGUUACUUUGACCUAUUAAAAAGGUGUUACCAGUAAA